AUGUCCUCAGUCUUUGGAAGCCAGCCCCCACGCUUCAGUCCUCCUCAGUCUGCACAACCGUACAGAUCGAUAUUCGGAGGCCCAAGUAGCCAGGAUGUGACAGAUCUGGAACCGUACCCAGAGACGCAACAGGGCGGAAAUCGCCCUGAUCAACAUGAUUCAGACGUUGACAUGGAAGAUGUCCCAUUGACUGAAAUCGAUCACUCAGACGAUGAGACAUACGUUGAAAGUGAGGACGACGGUUCUGUGUCCGACGAUGAGGCCAGCAAUGAUGGUGAUUCGUACAAAUUAGCGAAGAAGCAGGCUGCGGUGCUGCCAUCGUCUAGCAAGCAACACCCUGAUAGUCCGCCGUCAUCGCCCUCAUACAGGCCUAAUAGGUUCCGUGGCCCUGAGUCUACGUGGAGAAAGCUUACAUUUGAAGACCGGCAGAAUGCGCAAGCACUGGAGGAACUCAGAGCCAGAGACCUUGCCGCUCAUCUGUACAAUGCUUUUGCUUUACGGGUUAGGGCACGUGAGAUCGCACGGCAAGCGUUAGAAAGCGAUAAGCAACUUGACGAGACGGAAGCAUUCGUACCCCCGAAACGUUGGACAGCGUGGCCUGUACCGGCAACGGAGGUUCCUCGUCCAGGAGAGCAUCUACGAAGACAAAUUGAUGACGAAUGGACUUUGAGAAUGCCGCCGGAUCCUCGACCCAGCGCAGAGCUGGAGGAGUCAAUCAUAGCAAUCAUGCUUAAGACUGCCAAGGAUCGGUUUCAGGCGAGAGAUUGGACCACUAAAGGCGUCGGUCCAAACCAAAAGCAGAGAGCACGAUCUAUGUCCCAAACGAACGACGAAACUACUGGCAUAGAGAGCGAAUGGGAGUGUGACAUUGACACUACUGAUGCCAUGGAACUUCGUCCGGUAGUCCAAGCCGACGAUGACAAAUCUCGACGACAGCUACGCCCUCUCACGCGCAACAUACUUACCCGAUUCGAUCAGCUACUGAUGGGUUUGCACCAUGCUCGAAAAGGCGGAAUGACGGGAGAUGAUAGCUCAGCAAGUGAAUGGCAGAGUGACACGGAGAGUGCCGCUUCGAACGCAUCUCAUUCAAGGAAAAGGCGCAAGGGUGAGAAGGGAGAGAGGAGUCAAUCAAGAGGGCGCAAACGAAGUCGCAGAUCCUCCGUGCGGGCUACAUCCACGACAGGCCGAUCCCGCAGCGUACUCGCGUCGAGCGCACGCACACCCUCUCAUUCGCGUGGAAGGUCUUUUGAUCGUGAUCGCAGGCGAUCAGCCAGUCGCAUUCGCCGUGGACUUCGGGACUGGAGUGAAGUAUUAGGUGUUGCUUCCAUCAUAGGCUUGCCGCAUGCUGCUGUUAUGCGCACUGCUCGCAGAUGUGCCGCUCUUUUCGGGGAGGAUAUGGAAUUCCGGACCUUCAGUGAGGGUCAACUACAGCAUUCGAAGGAAGGAGAUGUCAACAAGUGGGAGUAUGUUGAGAACGAGACCGAUGAGUCUGAACCAGAGCAGAUCGUGCCUUCCCCUCCUAGUCGAACUCAAUCGCGAAAAUCGCGCUCCCGCGCAGCGUCUACAAUUGGCUCGACGUCUCGUCCCAGCAGUCCAACAUCGGAGGCAGCUGGUAGCACACAACGACUCAAAGGAAAAGGGCAGCAUCGCAAGCAAGACAUAGUGUGUCCUGUCAAGUCAUGUCCCCGACAUAUCGAUGGUUUCACUCGGACAUGGAAUCUCAACUUGCACAUGAAGCGAAUGCAUGCCGGGUACCGGUCCAGGAGCGCCAGUCUCAAGUCUGCAGGUGCCAGGUCCCGCGCUCCGUCAGUGAGCGGUUAG